AUGCGACCGCUCAACGGACUGGCUCGCGCUGUCUUCGUUUCGGAGAGGCGAAUAGCUUCAGCGCGGCCUCCCCCAGGGCCAAGCUGCUCAAGAUGGUUCUCCUGCACUUGCUGUGCUAAUGACUCCCGACUCCGACGGAAGAGUGUUGUGCACCCUCGAGCACCGGUGCCUCCGAUCGCGAUCUUGCAGCAAAUGCAAAUGCCCAACCUUCCUCUUCCACCGCCACUACCAUGGUCUCCCGACUCUCAACCAUUUCUGCGACACAUGCACAAGCUCUCUAUCGCGAUUCUUUCCGAGUCCCCCGACCAGUCCUGGGAGAUUUACACAGCUCUUCAUCCUGACAUGUUGAAAGACGUACCAGACGAUGUCUUUUCGGCUCUACUCAAUCAUCAGCUGCAAGCCGAUGAUAGUGUAAAGGGGGGAAGGCUAGGGGAUCUGUUAUCACUAGCGGCUCAGUGCGACAUGGACGCCGGUGCCCUCGGACUCUCACUCGUCGAAGAAGCUCUUGAAUCCGCUCUCACCUCUGCGGCCCGCCAGAUUCGCGGUCCGGGCGGUGUAAAGCGAGCGAUCGACUACAAGACGAUGGACUGGCUUUGGGGCUCUUUGAAGAACCUGGUCGGGGACGAUCUCUCUCACGUCUCGCUUGUCAUCCGACGUGAAUGGCUCGUCGUAUCGGCCUUCCGCCAUCGCAACAACAUUCCGCUCGUCCACCAGAAACUGGAAGAGCUCAUCGAGCUGGGCGGCGGGGAAGGUCUCGACGAGCAGGCUGGUCGCAUCGUGUCUAUGGCGAAGCACAAGUCUAUCGAUCUCCUCGAGUCUUCCCUUCGUCUCGCAGCCUGGUGUCUCGCCCGCAACAUCAACAUUCGUCCGCUCCUGAUCUCGCGCACGAUUGGUCAUCUUCGUCAAGCCUGGAAAGCGCAAGGAGAGGACGGCGCCGAGCGCUCACAAUCGACAGCAAUGGCCCUCGCGGCUGAGCUCCGGGAAGGUGGCGCGGACGCCGCUGCUGCCGUGUUUGAGGGUGUUGUCCAAGGCAUCGUUCGUAAAAUGCUGCCCGUGGAGGGUCGUGUGCGGAUGCUCGCGGACACAGCGUCGACGACCGACGACGUCUAUAAAGUGGCUUCGGGCAUUUUGAGCAAGGACAACACGAGUGCUGCUGACCUCGAGGCACUCGUGAAGCUCUGCCAUCUUGCCAUGGCCAAAGAGGGCAAUGCUGAGCCCCUCAUCCGGCGAACGGUGAAGCAGCUCGCGUCCCGCCCGGCCGAACUCGACCACCUUGUCUUCAAGCUCGCUGACGACGUUUGGUCGUUUAGCAGGAACGGCGGGCGCCUUUCGCCUCCACUGCUCACUCGCAUAUUCGACCUCGUUCUUGCCUGCCCUAUCUCCGACAACUCGUACCGAGCUGCUUAUCGACUGUACCCUCUCGUGCGUGCUGCUGAUCCGCCCGAGCAGCAUCGCUGGUUGCACUCGACCGCCCCCACGUGGAACCGCCUGUUCGCCGCGGCCGUUUCGCGUGGCCAGAUCUUCUUUGCCUCCCGACUUUACGCCGACUUUCAGUCUGAUGGCUUGACUGUCCCGAAGCAGCAGCUCCUGCGGCUGAUCGAGCGCAUCGCUGCCACCGAGACGGUCUCUCGCGCGAUUCUGCUCGACAGGCAUGUGAAGGAUUACCUCUGGGACGAGGCGCCUCCCAGCGACCUCAUCACGGCUCUGGUGCGGGGAAUGUCUUCGACGGGAUCGCGAUCCGCUGUAGAGGGACUUCGACUCGCGAAGCGCAUCUCUCCCGACCAGCUGCCCGUUGCUGCCAUCGAAGCUGCACUUCCGGUUCUCGCGGCGUCCAGUCAUCGCGGUCGACGUGCGCUGGCUUUCGCGCUGCUGAAGGAACUACCAACAGACCAAGCGCGAACAGGUUACGAGCGCGUCCUGUCUGCCCUCGUGAAGAAUUCACGAGCUGCGGGGCUCGAGCCAGUGCUCGCGGUCGUGCACGACAUGUUCGAGCGCGGCAUUCCUGCGGCUGAGAAGACCAGCUCGCUGAUCAUCUCUGCGCUGCUGAAGAACGGGCAAGUGGAUGCUGGCAUGGCUACGUUCAGGGCGGCUGUUUCGAAGAACAUCGCCCUAAGCUCUCGCGCAGUGGGUCAGUUAAUGGUCAACCUCGCGCAGGCCGGGCGGUGCGACGACGCGUACGAAGUUGAGCGUACGUGGCGCGCGCUUACAGACGAAAAAGCGAACGACAAGGCCGUGCGCGGUGCACGCCUGCUCGUCGACAUCAAGGCUGGCCGCGACGUUGAUCUUGACGUGUACACCUGUGACGACGGGGGCACGAAGGAGCACGCCGGAUACAGGCCGAACAGACACUACCUCAAUUUCCUGAGGAAGCUGCGGGCGCCGGAACCGCCGGUCGAAGCACACGCCAUCAGGAGCGCCGGCAUACAGCCCUGUCGAGACCCAAAGGCAGGCGAGCCAAGACUCGCGACACGAAGACCAUUUAGACAAGAUGGAGAGGACAGUGCAGCCAGUCACCACGGGACAGGUGGUGACGUGAGGUUCAUGUGCUGGUGA